AUGAGCGUCGGUGAGGACAAGAUGCGCGCUUCGGGCGAGGCUCCUCGAGAGCUGGCACCUGUUCUCCCUACUGUCAACCCAGAGGCAGAGAAGUCACCAUCCAAGCCUUCGGUACCCGCAGUCGCAUACGUGAUUGCAUGGAUCGGCCUGAGCUCGUCUGUCAUUCUCUUCAACAAAUGGAUUCUCCAUACCCUCAACUUCCGCUACCCCGUUAUCUUGACAACCUACCACUUGAUCUUCGCGACUAUCAUGACACAGCUGCUGGCCCGGUACACAACCUUACUAGACGGCCGAAAGGCCGUCAAGAUGACCGGCCGGGUCUACCUCCGUGCCAUUGUCCCCAUUGGCGUCUUUUUCAGUCUGAGCUUGAUUUGCGGCAACCUCACCUACCUCUACCUGAGCGUUGCAUUCAUCCAGAUGCUCAAGGCUACAACCCCCGUCGCCGUUCUCCUGGCCAGCUGGGCUAUGGGCGUCUCUCAGCCCAACCUCAAGGUCUUCAUGAAUGUCAUGGUCAUCGUUUUCGGGGUUGUCCUCGCCUCUAUCGGCGAGAUCAGCUUUGUCCUGACCGGCUUCUUGUACCAGUUGGGUGGAAUCGUGUUCGAGGCCCUGCGUCUGACCAUGGUCCAGCGCCUGCUGAGCUCUGCAGACUUCAAGAUGGACCCGCUGGUGUCGCUUUACUACUUUGCCCCCGUUUGUGCUGUUAUGAACCUCAUGGUUGCGCUUGCAUGGGAAGUCCCCAAGGUGUCGUUGGCUGAAUUCCAGAACGUGGGACUUUUCAUGUUUGGCUUGAACGGCCUGUGCGCCUUCUUGCUCAACGUCUCGGUUGUAUUCCUGAUUGGCAAAACCUCCGUUCUCGUUCUCACGCUCUGCGGUGUGCUGAAGGACAUCCUGCUGGUGGCGGCAUCCAUGCUGAUCUGGGGCACCCCGGUCACUGGCCUGCAGUUCUUCGGUUAUGGCAUCGCCCUGUGCGGCAUGGUUUACUACAAGCUGGGCUACGAGACGCUCAAGACCUACCUGGCCGAGGCUGGCCGCAAGUGGGCCGAGUUUGGUGCCGCACGUCCUGUUCUGCGCAAGAUGAUCAUUGUCGGCACUGUUCUCAUCGUUGUCAUCGGGACUCUUAGCUGGGCCAGCCCUAACAGCCUGCCAACAGGCCUGCCUUCUGCACGGCUAUAA